AGAGAGCACCAAGGACCCCCGUAUUUCAAACCUGAGCUACAAAUAUUCUCUUCUAUCCAUAUUCCUUGAUUCCCUCGCUAAUCACCUGCUAAUGCAGCGAGGAGGAGGUCAUCCCUCUUCCUGAUGGAGAAUAGGCCAAAAUUGGGUUUUAGUUGGUUUAAUUGCUGGCCAGGACUGCUACCUACUUGACGAGCAGGUAGGAAGGAAUAUGUAUCUGAAAGAAUGUCUUUUGGUUCCAACAGGUAGAAACCAAAACCCUAGAAAUGUCUCGGAGCCUGACCAGCAACUUGAAGAACACUUACGAGAGCCUGUUGGCCAACCUGAAAGACCUUCCCUCUAAUCUCCAAAACAAGCUGUACCAAACCUACCAAGAUAUGAGCGAGCUCCAUUCCACCUUUGCCUCCGCCCACUGUUUCAGUGACCUGUCCAGCAACCUCUUGAACAAAAGCUUCGCCAUCAUGGCCGAAGCCCAGGGCUCGAUGGACGAACUCAUGGAAUUCGCCUUGCAAAGCCCCAAGGCCCUGCUUUGGUUGAAGGACUAUUUACCUCCCAUCCUGACCAAGAAGCAGGAGACCAAGGAAGAUGCGCCGGAGACCAAAGACGAAGCCAAAGAAGAGGGGGCCCCGUUCGACAUGAGGAAUGUCGAGAGCAACAUCUUGAAAAUCCAGAAAGCGUACGAACCUGGAGAGUGCUACAAUGACACCCUUUUUGUGAAGACAGAGGUGGCGGCCGCGGAGGUCCCACCUUCUAGUUUAAGAGAAUCGGAGGACAUCCUCAAAGUCCAAGAGGCAUAUGAUCCUCAAGGUUGUAAGGAGGAUGUAACUCCUAGCAGGGAUGAAAAGGAAGAGGAAGCGCCAUCCCCAAGCAAGAAAGGAUCCCAAAAUUGGGGCAUCAUGAAAAUGCUAGAGACCUAUGUACCCAAAAUCUCCACCAUCCACGCACUGCUGGAGAAGAACAUCCAACCUUCUGGCCAGAAGGAAGAGGAAGAAGUUCCUGCCCAGGAAGAGGAAGAAGCCUUGACCAGCAGGAAUGACAUCUUGAAGCUCCUCCGAGCUUAUGACCCUAAAGAUUGCGAAGACUCGUUCAACGAACCCGAAGUCCCAGAUCCUAACCAAAGAGAAUUCCUUCCACCAAGCAGGGCAGACAUCCUGCAACUCCUGAAGGCUUAUGAGCCUCAAGAAUGUCUUGACGACAGUCUACCCAGCAAGGAGGAGAAAGAGGAAAUGGAGGUGCCCCGAAUUUCUAUUAAGGAAGCACCUUCCAUUAAGAAGGUCCCACCUCCUGUCCAGAAGGAAGAAAUCAUCUCACCUCCUGUCCAGAAGGAAGAAAUCAUCCCACCUCCUGUCCAGGUGGAAGAAGUCAUCCCACCUCCUAUCCAGGUGAAAGAAGUCAUCCCACCUCCUGUCCAGGUGGAAAAAGUCCCACCUCCUGUCCAGGUGGAAGAAGUCCUAUCAUCUAUCCAGGUGGAAGAAGUCCAAUCAUCUAUCCAGGUGGAAGAAGUCCCAUCAUCUAUCCAGGUGGAAGAAGAGGUCCCACCACCUGUCCAGGAAAAAAUCUCACCACUGGCUUCUCAUUCGGGGCUGAAAGUUGCAUCUACUAAGAGCCAGUUGAUUUCAAGCAUGGACAACAUUCUGAAACUUGAGACCAACAAGAGCAACAACAACAACGAGGUCCCUCCUUCGAACAUGGAAGAAGAGAAACAGCCACCUCCUGAGAAACCCAAGAACCUCCUGGACAUCCAGAAAGCCUACGAACCCAAAGAAUGUGAGGACGGGUCCUCUAUCAGGAGGCAGGAGGAUGAGUCCUCCUCUUUUGCUCCAGGGGACCAGGUCGACAUCCUCAAAAUCCAGCGGGCCUAUGACCUCAAGGAGUGCGAAGAAAUGACUCCCCACAGAGAAGAGGAGGAAGAAUCCUCAACAGCAGCAUCCACGACCUCCAGAGGUCAAGAAUGGAGCCUCUUCAAACUCGUGCAGUCCUACCUCCCUAAGAGUCUCAAGGAGGAUGCUUCUAACAAGGAGGAGGAAGACAAGUAGGAAGAUAGAAGCGGUGGGGGGGGGGAAAUGCUUUGGAAACAGGAGUGCUUAGCGGGGGCUGCAAAUGGCGAUGGACUCACCCUGGAGAAGGACCCAGGCGGUUACUCUCCAUAAAGCCAGGCAGGCAGCAUGAAUCACUAAAGAACGAAAUGUUGAAUCACAAGCUCACUUGAAUGGUGUUUGUGUGUUUGCACCUGACUAUCACACCCCACUUGUCACUCCCUGUUGUGGCUCCAGCCCCCUCCCCCCCGGGCCUGGCCCCCUGCCAGAGAGUGACUCAGAGAGUGAGGGGGAAAGGCCGCCAGGGCUCCGUUCUGCAGGGCCGGCUUCUCUGGCUCAGCUGCAGAGGCAGGCCAGGUGGAAGAAAUAAUGAGGCCUCUGUCUCCUGUAUCUCCCCCUGCCCAGGCAAUGCUCCCAGACCCAGCUGAGGACAAUCAGUCCUGGUUGGACCCUAGGUUUCGUAGACAGGAGAGGCGGGAACAACAGAAGCAGGGGUGGGGCAGGCCUAGGAAGUGCUGAGUCAUGGAGCCACACCCCACAGGGUAUAAAAGCAGCAGGGGCUGCUAUACUACUCUGUGGCGAACAAAUCAAUGCUUAGAACUUGAGCUGAAGUACUGUUUGUUCCUGGUUUCCUGGUUGACUCGCCGGCAUCAAGAAAAGAUAACAGAGAAACUUGGCAGAGUUUUGCUCGCUAGUUUGCUGCCAGAGCUGAUAGCUGCCGUGCACUGAAUUGCCGGCUAAUUAAGUCAUCGCUCAUGCCUCCCGGACUGAGGUGGCAGGGGACAGAACACUGCCUGUUCUGACCCGGCCUUAGCAAAACCAAAAAAAAGAAUAUCUUGUCCCGAAAAAACCCUCUUUCUUUAGCUACUGG